AAAUUAUUUGAAAAGUGAUUAUAACAGUUUGCAGAGAAACAUCUAUCUGGUGAUUUAGAAUGUCUGAGGACAAUAACAUCAGCUGAUUUGAAGCAUAUGAGAAGAGCUGUUGCAUUGAAAUUGAUGGAGGGCAAAGUAUUUCUGAAAGGAUGUUGCCCAAAGUGUGCAAAAAGCAUUGAGGAUGAUGAAAGUAUAAAAUGCAGCACAUGCAGGAGAUCUUUUCAUUUUAAGCCAUUUUGUAUUGAAGAAGAUUUAGCAGACAUAAAGGAAGCAGAACACUUUAAAUGCAGACUUUGCAGAAUUAACUUCUGGAAUGAAGAGGAAAGGCAUUAUAAUUUGAGGAAACAUCCAUUAAAGAAGAGAAAGAGGAGUUCUUUCUUGUACUCAGAUAUCCAUGGAAGGUAGACGUGACGGAAUAUUUCUUGUAUUUGUAUUGUUUCCUUCUUUCAACUUUGAGUUCUUAUUGAUGUCCAAUUAUAUUAAAUUGGUGGAGUUUUUAUACCUCUCUUUGAGACUUAUUUCAGUUAACGAGGAAGGAAUAGACAUUAAUGGUAAAUUGAUUGCCCAAGCAAGUAAAAGUAAUAGGAAUGUUUUUCUGAGUAAGUGAGUAAGUCUGUUAUAAUUCAUAUACAGGUAUGUGAUUUGUACAAAUUUUAACAACUUCUGUUAUGGAUAUACAUGUAUGUCUGAAAUCCCUUGCUAUCACUUCUACAUGAGUCAUCCAGUAUCAGUAUUCAGUAAAUGCUCUAUCUAUUUUCUGUCUUCUUUGUUACAAAUAAACAUUUGUCUCAUGACUUUUGUCAUCUUAGUACAAUUCAUACACCCUAAUGAAGAUGGAGUUAUUUGCUUACUUAUAGAAUACAUUAGACCAAAUUUAAAUUUGCAUGCAACUUAUGUUUAUCUCUUUUUUUUUUUUUUUUUUUUCUUUUUUUUUAGUGCUUAAUUUCUCAGUUAUGUUUGUUAAAAGAAUUGUGAUAAACAAAUUCCAAACCAAGAAAAAAAAAUGAAGUUCUGGAUCAGAAAUAGACAGAUCAUAAUAAAUGACAUGUUUAGAAUGAGCAAUGAUGUUAAUCUUCUCAAAGUUCCAAUUGAAAUACAUAUCAAAAUGAUAAGCAGAGUUCUGUCAUCCUUUUAAAUUCCAGACAAUUUUACAUUCAGACAUGUCAAAGUUUGAGUAUGGGCAAUAUGAACUUCAACCUAAUGUCUAUUCCUGGAGAUAAAUAUGCUGUACACCAAACAGUGACAACAUGAAUUUUGAGUUUGCAAUUUUGAUGUUAAAUUUUUUUUCAUCACUAUUAUGCUGUUGAUGAAGUUGGGUAUAGUUUUAUGUUUUUCUCCUUAAAUGAAAUUUUAUAGCAAAGUUAAAGAU